AUGAAUCCACGAAUCUAUUGCGAGAACGGUUUCUCAUUGUUGUCAAUGCUGAAUGUUACCUCAAUGUGGGAAGACGAGAACUCAGCACUGAUCAUUUCGAUCUAUUCUCUAAACUUUUUGAUUCAACUGAUCGCCUUGUUGUGGUUCCCGAUUGCAUCCUAUAUCUUGCAAAAGAUUCUCUACCGGAACACGCUCAUCUUCUUUGCGAUUUUCUUUCCCGGAAUCUAUCUAUGGAAUUUCACGAGUUUUAUAAUCUACAUGUACAAUUUUCAGAUAUUGACUGGCUUUGAAAUUGGCGCCAACUAUUGCCCAUUCUUCUUGGUGAUCGUCACUUACCUAAAACUGUGCACGCUUGGGUGCUUUGUUAAUGUUCUACCGAUUGUUAGCUUUAUUUUGGUGGCUGCUCCAUCGGUGAUAGCGGUUGGACUGUUUGCUCAAUACGUACUUCAUUAUAACAAAAAAGUCGAAAAGGAAAUGCACGAAAAUUGGCGAAAAAUACGCUAUACGUUGGGGAGAAGAUAUCAAGUCAAUGAGAAUAUACGGUGUUUGACGAUCGCUUCCCGUUCCCUUUGGUGGAUUCUCGGUUUCGCCUCCAUCGAAGCGCCACUUUUCGUCCUUUUUCACGCCUGGGAUCACCCGUGGAAGUGGAAAAAUCUUCUCGGAGCCACUUUCGAUUUCAUUUUAACCAUAUUCUACCUAUCAAUGUCUCUGCACACGUUGUUGAUAGACAAGAAAUGGAUGCUUAUCUUCAAGCAAUUUCUACGACAAAUGACAAGUGAAGCUUGUUUUACAUCAAAAGGCAUGAGUUGUAUGAAGAUCGACAAGCAAAUUGCGAAAAUCCCUCGUAACAUUGUGCAUCUCUACAUCGCAUCGAUCUCCGGCAUCUAUGUCUUUUUAGCGGCUCGGGUGGUCAGCUUUCUCUACCAAAUCCAUUUGCUACAACAAUGGGAAUUCGGCUCUGACAUCUGCCCAACUCCUCUACUCAUCGCAUCACUGCUGCGGGCGACGCUGAUUGCCAGUGCUGCAGGCAGCUUGGCGAUUAUAAUGAUCGAGCGAUUGGUGGCCACGAUUUACGUGGAAACCUACGAGACAUCCAAUUUCUUACCGCAUCUCCUUUUCGGUGUUUUCGCGAAUUUUUUCAUCUCCUUCCUCUUGGGAUUAGCAUUCACAUUUGAUUUUAUCUCAAUUCGAAUAGCUUGUUUGAUGGGUUUGAUGUCUUCGUUCAUUUUCGCUUUGGGUUGUCAAUUUGUGCUUUCACUAAACGAGGAAGCUGAACGACAAAUGCAUCGAAAUUGGCGAGAAUUCGGCUACUCGUUGACGAAGCGCUUCCAAGUCGCCGAAAAUAUUCGCAAUUUGAAAGGUCUAUCAAAAGUGAUGUGGUGGUGCAUGUUCAACAGUCUUUUCUUCUGCACAUUGUUUGUCAUUUAUGUGGAAGUGAGGAUGUCAUGGGAUUGGAAAAAUCUGCUUGGAUCGUUGAUCGAUCUGCACGCUUCUUUAUCAAAACGAUCAAUGAACGAGGUGUGUCACUCCUACAAAGUCUACGCAAUGAAUCGAGAGUUGAUUUACACAAUCGCCACACAAGAGGAAUACUUUCGACAAUUGGACGAAGUUUGGGAGCGAAUUCCACGAAAGGAGAAACACGAAAAUGUUCAUAUG